AACCUCUAGAGUGGUCCACGGAGCCAGCCCGAGUUUUAACGACAAUAAUUCGCUUAGACAUGGGCCUACGGGAUAUAUUCAUGCAAAAUAGACAUAGACCUAUUGUUUAUGAUACAUUCGGUGCGUAAACGGGGGAAUCGUUUUCGGUUAAUUUAAGACAAGUGUAGCCUAUUGUCGCCGGCUGCCAAAUCAUCUCACGCACGAUACCUUACAGGUGCGUCAGUAAAGCCUACAGAAGAAGAGAAAGAAAGUUAAAACUGAAGGAGAGAGGUUUGUCAUUUAUGCUUUUAAACGUGGCAUAGGGAAUACGUAGGGAUAUGUAGCCUAAACAGUUGCAAAAACAUAUUUCUCGGUUCUGUAGACAUGCGUAGGCUAUUGGAUCGAGUUUAGCUCAAAUGUCAACGCGGCGACUUUGUGGGGUUUGGCUGAAACGGCAACUCCGACGGACGAUGAGGAUACCGACGUUAUUUUGUUUCAAUAAGAUGUCAGAGUUACAGGGAAUUUCAAUAUGAUCCAUUACGCCCAUUGAUAGGUUAUUACAUGAAUCUGUCCUCAUUCGUUUUCUACAUUUUAUUUUGACACACCGCUCGAGAGUGAAGGGGCAAAGAUCAGAUCAGGACUGGGUGCACGUGUUUGUGAGAAUUACCGGAGACGUAGACAUCUAAACGGUCGGUUCGUAGGCUACCACAACAACGAUCACGGCGCCGUUCAUUCUGACGACCUCGAUGGUGUAUGAAAACGUUGACACUUCCUGGGUCCACCACUGCGCUUUGCCGUCAACUUUUGACCAUCUCUCCCGGAGAUAAUAACCCCAGUUCCGCACACCCCAAUCCAAGUUUUGAGCGUCGGAGUCCGGGGAAGGAAAGAAGCGCACGGAGGAGAUAUGGCGUUGACGGUGACUUUAUCUCUCUCUCUCCUUGUCCUAUCUCUCUCAAGUCCGGGUACAGGAGCGGAGAAUGCAGAGGAGCGGCUGGUGAACUACAUGUUGAGUCCAGAGCGCUAUAACAAACUGAUCCGUCCUGCUGUUAACAAGAGCCAGCAGGUUACCAUCUCUAUACAGGUGUCUCUGUCACAGCUCAUCAGUGUGAAUGAGAGAGAACAGAUUAUGACCACCAACCUCUGGCUGUUCCAGGAGUGGAAUGACUACAGACUGAGAUGGGAUCCAGAGAAAUACGAAGGCAUAAAAAAACUACGAAUCCCAUCUCAACACAUUUGGCUUCCUGAUAUUGUUCUCUACAACAAUGCGGACGGGGUCUACGAGGUCUCCUUCUACUGCAACGCCGUGGUGUCCAACACAGGAGACAUCUUCUGGCUCCCGCCUGCCAUCUACAAGUCAGCCUGCGCCAUCGAGGUCCAGAACUUCCCAUUCGACCAGCAGAACUGCACGCUCAAGUUCCGCUCGUGGACCUACGACCACACCGAAGUCGACCUCAUCCUCACCAGCGACUUCGCCAGCCGGGACGACUUCACGCCGAGCGGCGAGUGGGACAUCGUGUCGCUGCCCGCCCGCAAGAACGAAGACCCCAACGACAUCACCUACCUGGACAUCACCUACGACUUUGUAAUCAAGCGCAAGCCUCUGUUCUACACCAUCAACCUGAUCAUCCCCUGUGUCCUCAUCACCUCUCUGGCCAUCCUGGUGUUCUACCUGCCCUCUGACUGUGGAGAGAAGAUGACUCUCUGUAUCUCUGUCCUCCUGGCCCUCACUGUGUUCCUGCUGCUGAUCUCUAAGAUAGUACCGCCCACCUCGCUGGCUGUGCCGCUCAUAGGUAAAUACCUGAUGUUCACUAUGGUAUUGGUCACCUUCUCCAUCGUGACCAGUGUGUGUGUCCUCAACGUUCACCACCGCUCCCCGUCCACCCACCGCAUGCCUGACUGGGUCAAACGCCUCUUCCUGCUCCGCCUCCCCGCCUUCCUCCUCAUGAGACGACCCGGGAACAAUAACGUCCGGGAAAAACUUCGCCGGAAGCACGCCACUACCGCUGCCGGGAACACCACCUCCGGGAACACUGGGAAUUCCCGAGGCGGGGUGAAAAAGCGGCAUUCCGACAUCAAGCUGGGAGGAAUCCAGACAGACUCAGACUCGUUCUAUGUGAACGAGGAUUCAGCACAGAAGUUCAGCUGGAAGGUGGGAGACGUGUCGGGGGACGGAGGUAUUCCGGGGUUCAGGCGUCGCGUGGCGGUCCAGUGGGACGCUGACCUGGAGGAGGCGGUGGACGGAGUGAGGUACAUCGCUGAACACAUGAAGACGGAGGACGGAGAUGAAGGGAUCAUAGAGGACUGGAAGUAUGUAGCGAUGGUAAUUGACCGUCUGUUCCUAUGGAUCUUUAUCCUGGUGUGUGUGGUGGGAACCCUGGGUCUCUUCAUGCAGCCCCUUUUCCAGAGCUAUAACACUCCUACUGCAGACAGCAAUGAGUAUGGUGAUUUCUGAGAGCCCCUGGGAGUGGGCGUUGGAGAGGGAAACCCCGUAGCAGCUAAACGGACCGCUGUCCUACGAACUCUGGAGCAACCUGUGCCAAAGCCAGCACCGUCAGUAGAAGUUCUCCCCUCGUCAGUACCUUAUGAAGCAUUAUAAGGCAUUAUAGAGGUACUAUACUGUACACUGGAUCUCUCUCUCUAACUCUCCCUGGGCUCUCCACUCUUCAAGCCAAGCUAGAUCUCAACUAACAGCAGGAUGCUUUCAGUUUCUCUUCUCUUCUCUUCCAUCGUCAUCAACUAUUAUUGGACAGUGUCUCUUUCGUUUGUUUGUUUGUUCGUUCGCUCUCUCUCUCUCUCUCUCUCUCUCUCUUUCUUUCUG